AUGCCUACCGAUGGAAUCGAUGGCGAUGCGAAUAUCCAGUACGUGAAUCGCCUGAACGCGAUUGGUUUGAAGAAGAUCAAGGAUAAGAAGAAGGCGCAACAAAAGUACCGCGAGAAGCGCAAGACGAGGUUGACUUUGUUACUUGCGUCGGAGUCGGCUAUCAUUCAGCCGCGUGUCAUCGCCCAGGUGCUACGGCACUUGUACCGAAUGCACUACAGCAGGAUCAAGGCUGAAUGCGACUUGUAUUGGCACGAGGCGCAAGAGGCAUGGGGAGGGUGUGAGGUUCUAGUGUCGAAGAACUUCACCCGGUACUUUGAAGGUCAGUGGCUCGGAGGGGACUGUUGCAAUUGGCAUUUACACGCAACGGCGAUUCAUGGCCUAUGCGCAACAUUUGUGUUGCUGGGUGAUGUCGCGGCAGAGUACUCUACGUCCAAGAAACUACCGUUCGAGUUGGCGGCGCUGCCCUGCGUCAAACUCCGCAGGCGGUUCAAAGUCGCUUGA